AUGGAGAACAUCGUGAAAGCCAUAAGACGUUUUGACUCGACUCCAACUACAAACAUCAAACGAAAACACAUUCCUUGGUUCGACUCGCCGAUUGAUGAAGAUUCUACACAAGACGCAUCCUCGUCCUCAAGCGCACUCAUCACGAGACCUGAUGCACCACGCUUCAAGCACUACGAUGACGACUGGACUAUUGAGCUGGUUUAUGACAUGUUUCUCGUCGCAGUGCUCAGCACGUUCACAUCCAUUCAUGGUAUCGAAGACGGCCCGUCUCUUCGCAAUCUCGUGGCAUUCUUCACUAUCCUAUGGUGGUCAUGGCUACAGACUGUCAUGUUCGAUGUGAGAUUCGGCGUUGACUCGAUUUAUGACCGCGUCUUCAAGGUCAUUACCUUGACUGUCACUAUGGGCUUCAUGCUGGGAGGUUCUACAUGGGACAUCACAAAGGUCCAAGAGAACAAGAAAGGUUUCAAGCUGAUGGCAGCAGCUCUAGCCAUCGCUCGGUUUCAGCUCUUUGUUCAAUAUGCAAUCGUCGCUUUCUGCGCCAGGAAAUACAAGAGGACGUUGGUGCCUUUGAUCUUGACAGCCGGCACCAUGCUGGCGGCCGCUGCAGCAUUUCUGGCCCUCUACUUCGUCAUCCUGAAUAGCACCAGUCAAAGUGUGCAUAUCGGUUUCUAUCCUAUUAUCGCAGUGGAAGGAGCCAUUAUGCUAACGAUUCCUGGCGUUUGGCGAGUCCUAUCUUUCAAGAAUACGAAAUUCAUCAUCCGCAUGGGCGACGCUACCAUGAUCAUGCUCGGCGAAGGUGCUGUAGGGCUUGCUGUGUCUGUCUCGAAGAUCAUGCAGAACUCGGCAAGCAUCUCAAGCAGCAUAGGCGUCGUUAUCGCUGCAGUGCUUCUCAUAUACUUCACCUGGAUGCUUUACUACGAUCAAAUCGAGACGAACCGGUUUGGCACCAUUCGCCAACAAUUCUGGGCCGCUAUCCAUUUCCCUCUGAAUCUUGCUACUGUCUGUCUUCUUGAGGGCAUGCGAGACUACUAUCUUAGUGACGAGGCAGACUACGGUUUCUUCUACGACUUCACUCCUUGGCCUACUCCUAAGCUUCUGACCGACUUCAUGCGAAGCAACGUCAAGUCUCUAGAAGAACUUCUGGGCAACCAAAGAGACUUUGAUCAGCUGUUCAACACUUCUUUAGUUCUUGAGUACAUCGACACUAAUAUGAACACGAAUGUUUACGAGCUCCCAUACGACCCUAACAACAUGGAUCUGCAGAUGGAGCAAGACCUCACUCUGUAUAUCGCCAGCAUAUAUGUCGGCAUUCAAAAUGCUAUCUACACGCAUUUUGGCGUUACUCCAGCCGAUGUGAAGGAUGUCGCCGAUGUCAAUACAACCGCUUUGGGCAUUUCAGAAGACCAGCUGGUUUACUACACACCCGACCUUCUCAAAAUUCUCAGCACUGUGAACAAGGAUAUUGCGGCAUCCGGCAAGUACUGGAAUUUGUUUAUCACAGUGUUCUGGUACUUCCCACUUGGCGCCGCAAUCUUCUUGUUGCUCUUAGCUGUGAUGUACUGGUUCGGUAAACGCAACAUGUCCAAAUACGAAUGGGGCUCUGUCGGCCUUCGCAUCACGGGCGGAUUGAUCAUGAUCGUGUAUGCGGUUUUGGUGUUUUAUUUGGAUGGAGACCUGAGCUUCUCUAACAGUCCUUGGGUUCUACCGAUCGUGACAAUCACGUUCUUUCUCUGCAUCGUUGGGGACAAUCUGAUCAUUGCUUGGGGAAACAAGGUGUACGAUCAACAGGAGAAGGCACGUUAUGACGCACCAGCGGCGUCUACCUACGAGGGCUAUGAGCAUGUCUCUUCGGCCCACGGCGGCGAAUGCAAGGAGAUCAAGUUCGAACCGGUACGUCCUGCUCUGGUCAGCGGUCGAUCUGUCGCUUCCAGAGACACCAACGAUACCGAGCUCGUCAGGAUGGAUCGUCGUUGA